AGAGUAAAGAAGUUCACACACAAAGCCACGCCUGCGCUGUGUGCCUCUCAUUACGAGCGAAGUUGCUGCAUCUUUUUAGGAAGCUUCAUGCUUUCUUUCGACAUCCAAAGGUCGCAUGGUGUCAGGGACGCGCCUAGUCACGGGAACAGUCCGGAGCGCGUUCAUGAGGUGCAAGAUCGCGCUUCCAGCAGUGAACAGUAUCAAGCAGCGUGCGGGGGGAAACUAAUGGUUUACAUUGGGCCACAGCGACCGGAGCGUGUUUCUCGUUUCCCUUUUCUUUCUUGUCAGGCGUUUGGUUUGCAGACCUCUGCCGAUCUGCACGCGAGGAGACGGACAUAGCGCGGCGCGGUGUAUGGUCGGGGAGCAGGAGCUCCCAGUAUGGUCCGGGAAACCAGGCAUCUAUGGGUGGGAAAUUUACCCGAAAAUGUGCGAGAGGAGAAAAUCAUUGAGCACUUCAAGCGAUAUGGACGUGUGGAGAGUGUCAAGGUCCUGCCAAAGCGGGGUUCAGAAGGUGGAGUCGCAGCCUUUGUGGAUUUUGUGGACAUUAAAAGUGCUCAGAAGGCUCACAAUGCCAUCAACAAGAUGGGGGACAGAGACCUGCGCACCGAUUACAAUGAACCGGGCACAAUUCCUAGUGCCGCGAGGGGGCUGGACGAUAGUCUGUCCUUAGGCUCCCGUGGACGGGAUGUAUCAGGGUUCACAAGGGCGGCAGGGGGGGCCAUUUACGUCCCCCCCACGUCGCUCCACAGCAGAGAGGGACGCUAUGAACGCAGGCUAGACGGGACUGCUGAAACUCGGGAGCGGGCGUAUGAUCACAGUGCCUACGGUCACCACGAGCGCCCUGGAAGCACUUUCGACCGCCAGCGGCACUACGACACAGACUAUUACCGUGAUGCAAGAGACAGGACUCUGAGCACAGCAGGGGCUGGGUCUGGUACCUCCAGUGGAAGCGCUACAACCGUGUCGUCAGGAGUUAGUGGAGCUAUCGUCAGUGCGGUUGCUGGCAACACAGGAACAAGUGGUUCAACAGGGGCCCCUGCAGCAGGAAGCGGAGGAUCUACAUCCAGCGUGGUGGGCUUCUACCGAUCCCACAGCAGGAGCCCUUGUCGCUUUGAGACGCCCGAGCCUCGCUAUGAGCCUCGUCCCAGGGAACCCUUUACUUUGGCCAGUGUGGUCCACAGGGACCUUUACCGGGAGGACAGGGGUCGGCGUGGGGAGCGCUCGUACCGCCCCAGUCGCAGCCGGUCACCGCACUCGACGCAUUCGCCAAACCCUUCUCCCCAGAGACUGGCGAGUCAGGCCAGCCGUCCUCCACGCUCCCACAGUGGGUCGGGCUCUCACAGUCGCUCCUCCAGUUCGGACUCAGUCAGCAGCACCAGCAGCAGCACGAGUGGCAGUGAUUCCAGCAGUAGUUCAAGUGAUGAGUCUCCGGCACGUUCAGUGCAGUCUGCAGCUGUUCCUGCUCCCUCAGCACUUCCUCUAUCCUCCCUUGACAAGGAUGAACCACGUAAAAGCUUUGGCAUCAAGGUCCAAAAUCUUCCUGUACGCUCUACAGAUACAAGCCUGAAGGAUGGUUUGUUCCAUGAAUUUAAGAAACAUGGAAAAGUCACAUCUGUACAAAUCCAUGGAGCUUCAGAGGAUCGUUAUGGGCUUGUAUUUUUCCGCCAACAAGAGGACCAAGAGAAAGCACUUGGAGCAUCAAAGGGAAAGCUUUUUUUUGGCAUGCAAAUUGAAGUCACAGCAUGGAAUGGACCCGAGACGGAAAGUGAAAACGAGUUUCGGCCCUUGGACGAGAGGAUAGACGAGUUUCAUCCAAAGGCCACGAGGACAUUAUUCAUCGGAAACCUGGAGAAGACCACCGCUUACCAUGACCUGCUUAACAUCUUUCAACGCUUUGGAGAAAUAGUGGAUAUUGAUAUUAAGAAGGUGAAUGGAGCCCCACAGUAUGCCUUCUUACAGUACUGUGACAUUGCAAGUGUCUGCAAGGCCAUAAAGAAGAUGGAUGGGGAGUACCUUGGUAACAACAGGCUAAAGCUGGGCUUUGGAAAGAGUAUGCCUACAACAUGUGUUUGGUUGGAUGGAUUAGCGUCAAAUACAACUGAGCAGUUUCUCACUCGACAUUUCUGCCGCUAUGGACACGUUGUCAAGGUUGUAUUUGACCGAAUGAAAGGAAUGGCCCUUAUCCUGUACAACAACAUUGAGUAUGCACAAGCCGCUGUCAAAGACACAAAGGGUUGGAAGAUAGGGGGCAGUAAAAUUAAGGUUGACUUUGCCAAUCAGGAAAGUCAGAUGGCUUUCUACCGUUCAAUGCAGUCGUCUGGCCAGGAUAUUCGAGACUUUUAUGACCUUCUCACUGAAAGAAGGGAUGACCGACGAACUCAAUAUGAAUUUCCAACAGAAAGACCAUAUUAUGAAAAUGCACGGACUCCCGGAACAUUCACUGAAGAUCCACGUCGUAAAUAUCCUGCUAGAAGCCGGGAGUUCUACACUGAAUGGGACCCAUACCAGGGAGAUUACUAUGAUCCACAAUACUUUGAAGACCCACGGGAGUAUCGGGAAUACAGAACCGACCCUUAUGAGCAGGACAUUCGCAAAUACAGCUAUUUGCAACGGGAACGUGAAAGAGAGAGGGAGCGCUUUGAAACAGACCGAGGACGUGAUCAUGGGAGGAGGACCAUAGAGCGUAGCCAAAGCCCAUCACAACUUGCCACUCGUCGUCCUGCUAGCCCCACUGCAUCUCCUUCACUCUCUGAGAGGAUACCAAGUGAUUCAGACCGUCGUAUUUGUUGUCGAUCUUCUGACAGAAGUGGAAGCUGCAGUUCAAUCUCUCCUCCAAGAUUUGAAAAACUUGAAAAAGCACGCUCUGAAAGGUAUAACAAAUCUGACAAACCUGAAAAGGACCGUCUUUUUGAAGUUGAAAGAGGGAAUUUGGUUGAUAAGGAGAAGCGGGCUGGAUGUAAGGAUCGUAGUGACAAGGACAAAAGUGAGAAACAGAGGCUUAAGAAGCUCAAAGUUGCAUCACCUAUUAUCCAAGCAUGUGAGACAGAGCCUGAGCUGGAAAGAGAUAUUAGCCCUGAGUCUGUCAUUCGGAGUAAAACCAGUAAAAUUCCAAAGGAAAGCUUGAGCAAAGGAAGGUUAGACCUUCUGCCUUGUGUUGUGCAGCUAACACGUGUCAAAGAAAAAGAAGGAAAAUUGAUUGGUCAUGCCAUCCAAGAAAAACCGAUACAGAGAGGUGGGAGUGACAGUCCUAGAUUGGCAUCACCUUCAGCUGACCAGAGGAGUCCUCCAUUCCGCCCAGAACCAUCGAAAAGCGAUAUCUCUAAGCAUGGAAAGGUGCCCAGAGACAAGAAUAUGUACAGUUUAGUGGAAGUUGUUGAUAAGGAUGCUAAAGUAAAAUCCAAGAAAGUCGGAAAAUCUGAAAUGGGAUCUGAUAGUGGUAUUUCUGUGGAUAUUGACCGCUUGGCUGCAAGGAAAAGGCGCUUUGAAGAGUCUGGGAAAACGGAUCGACAAAAGAGAACUAGUGAGGAUGAACUUGGCAGAUCUGGACUUCAAAAAUUAUGGAACAAUACAAAGGAGACCGAUUUUGAUAAGAACCUUUCCAUUAAAGGGAUGCACAAAAAGGAACACCACAAGGAUAAGUGUAUGCGGAUGGUCCCAGUUAAUAUUCCUAAGGAUGGACAAGACUGUGAAAGUACCUCUGUAAGCCUGUCUUUGGAACGGCAAUCACGGUUUAGGGAGAUGUCUGGGGAUUCAACAGAUAAAUUAGAUUCUGCCUUCUUUCAAAUGGAUGUAGAGGGCUCAAAAAGUGAAACCACCUCCAAUCUCACAAAAAUAUCAGAUGAUUGCAGUGUGGAUGAAUUGAAAGAAGAGAAACAGGGUUUGUUUGAACAGGAACAAGGAAGAGGGAAGUGCACAGACUCUGAUGACGAAGAUGAACACUUUUUGCUCAAUGACCAGACUAAUAUUUGCAUAAAACAAAUUGAACAGAGUAGAUGGAUUCGACCCGAGCUUGGUGAUCCUGAUAAACUAGUCAAGUUUGAAAACCCACCAAGCAAUGAGACUCCCGACUUUGAAAAGGAUUGUGUCAUGCAGGAUUUCGGAAAACCAAAUCGGGAUUUGGCCAAUGAUGACUCCUCCUCGUCUAAACGAAAGAAACUGGAGAAUUUCAACUUUGAAAUAGUGAUUCCAAAAAGUGAUCAUAGUUUUACAAGUUCACAAAAGUUGAAUGAGGUAAUUUAUCCAAGUAUGACAUCCUUAACAGAAACAGGGAGCGUUUCUCCAAAGGACGAAGAUGAGAUCAUCCCUAUUAACAAAGAAAGAAAAUCUUCUCCAAAAGUAGAUGAUACAUUCUCACACACGGAGUCAAUAAAGCACAGUUUGAGCUUGCCAGCCAGACAUUUUCGUUCUUCUGACCCUGAGCUUCCAAAACUUAAGACUACCUUGCUUGGAUGUGAUGAGGAGUUAAUGCAAUGUUGGGAAAGAAGAAUCAAGUCUGAUUCACUUAGAAUGGAAAUGACUUUCCCAAGUGAUAUUGCAAAACAGGAAAGUAUCUGCAAACGCCUUGGGCAGGAUUUAGAACCCGGUGAAGUGCAGUCUGAUUCAGAUGAGGAUGUGGAAAACAAACACACAUCUCCCAAGUCCAAUAGCUCCUUGUCUUAUAUCCUCAGGGAGCGUGACGAGAGAACGUCAGACAUGAAACUGUCUGGCUCCUUGGAAAAGAAUAAAUUUUAUUCUUUUGCAUUAGACAAAACUAUAACUCCUGAUACAAAAGCACUCCUUGAAAGAGCCAAGACGCUGUAUUCCUCCAGGGAAGAUAACUGGUCCUUUCUUCCCUCGCGCUUUCCGACCUCCCACAGCUGUUCAGAAAAGGGCAAGGUAGAGUUAGCACCUCGACCUAUUCCUUCUUGGUAUAUGAAAAAGAAGAAGAUUCGUACUGACUCUGUGGAAAAGCUGCACGAUAAAAAAGAGGAACUCAAGCCACAGGAUCAAGAGCGUCAAGAACUGUUUGCCUCUCGCUUCCUGCACAGCUCAAUUUUUGAACAAGAUUCCCGCCGUUUGCAGCAUCUUGAACGUAAAGACCAAGAUGUAGAAAGUGCGACUGGGCAGCCUUUUGGUAAGCCAAGUGCAACUGAGCCACAGCCUGAAACUGGGGGAGGUGACAACCCGCAAGAGCCGAUUGUGCUUUUCCACAGUAGGUUUUUGGAGCUUCAGCAACAAAAGGACAAGGACCAAACCCUAACUGAUACAGAGCUUGAUUCAGAAGUAGAGCUUAAAACGGACCAAGUGGAGAAUUGUGAAAAUGUGACGUCUGAUAAGGAAUCUGAGCCUGUACUAAAGGUUGAUGUCAAAUCUGCCAGUCCCCGAUUAACCUUGUCUGUUUCACCAUUUGUUCCUUCCCCAAAAGAAAUGUCUCCAGAAAAGAGAGAGUUGUUUACUGCAUCCUCCGAUCAACCCAUGCCAAUUGUCAAAGAAGAAAAAGUGGUGCCAAUUCUUGAGGUGUCUCCUCCUCAUUCUUUUGCUUUUGAUGACUUUAAGCCAGUUGCUCCUAAGCUAACCAUAAACCCUCCACAUGCCCUUUUAGAACAAGAAAAGGAACGGGAAAUAAAAGUAGAGUUAAAUGAACCCAAAGUAAAAAGUUUGGAUAGUUUGGCACUGGGACAUAAGGCUCUUGUGGAAGAUAGGCCGGCAACUCCUGGUGGUUCCCUAAGUGGGUUUGAAAGAGAGGCUUCAGAAUUAGGGUACUCAUACCCAAAGAUUGAAGAAAAACCUGAAAUUGAAACAGAACCUAAAGGAGAAAAGCUGAAAACAAAGGGCUUUGAGGAAUCUCAGAAGACUGAGACGGAUAGUGAAGUAUGUAUGCCAGAACUAGAGGCUGAAAUAAAACCAUUACCAAAUCGCAGGCAGCCCAAGAGUAAAAGGGCAAAACCACUAUCAUUACUGCGUAGUCCACAGCCUUCCCAAAAUGUUGCCACUGAGAAACCUGCAACACGAAAGAGUGAAAGAAUUGACAGAGAGAAACUCAAAAGAGCCUCAUCUCCUCGAGCAGAAGCACCAAAAGCAUCUUUGGAGUCUAAAACCACGUCCAAAUCACCAAUCUAUGCGUCAGACUCCGAGCAGCAAAUAGAGUCAAGUUUGAUUCAUGGGAGGACACGUCGUAGGAAUGUAAGGUCAGUCUAUGCCACUCUACAUGAAGAUGACCAAGCUGGUAAAGAGGUAGUUGAGUCAGCACGCUCCAUGCGUAAACGGGUUACUGACAAAGAACCAAUACAGCAAGAUGUUCAAAUUCCAGCUACCAAUACCAGGCGAGGCCGUCCACCGAAAAGAGGCAUCAAACGAAGUGAGGAUGCAUCACCAGUAAAAGAUGAUCAGCAAAAAUUGAUGGAAGAAGAUGAAGAAAUUAAGGAGGCAUCAAGUACAGUAGAGGUUGUAAAAUCCUCUGAAGGAUGGCGUUCGCCCCGCACCCAGAAGGUGCAGCAAUCACAUCUAACCUCAUCUGCUUCCGUUAACAAGAAAGGAACCACAGUAGACAACCAGCCUGACAGCCCUACAGAGCUAGCUGAACCAGAUUAUCUAUCAAGUUAUGAUGAGUCUGAGGCUAAGCCUAAAGAUGGACCAGACCUCUUUAUAGAGUUACCUGAAAGAACAGAAAAUGUAAGUCCACCAAUUCACAGAAAGGAAAAAGAUCAAAAAGAUUCUGGUGGAAAGAAAUCUACUGAUGACGAGAAGGUAGACACCAGCUCCUCAGAGAGAAGACAACCUGUAAAGAUUGCCAAAAUGAAAACACCAAGGUUGAAAAGAAAUACCAAGCAGCUCACUGAAGAUAAGUCACACAGCUUAAAAAAUCUUGAGAUCCGUGUAAGCGUUGAUGAUGUAAAAGGUUUACUUCGUUCAGAGGACAAUGUUCCAGGGACAUUUGAAACUCCUGUUAUUACAAAAACUAAAAUGGUGGUAAAAGAGAAUGAGGAAACAAAGGCAACAAGCUUUCCAGAAGAAUCAAAUGAGGAUGAUGUACAGGAAAAUGAAGAUACACUAUCAGAACCGGAACUUCCUCCUGAUCCAGCUGCUCUCUUAGCACGGCAGAUGGAGCUAGAGCAGGCAGUGGAAAAUAUUGCCAAACUUACAGUUGAGCAACCUCCUCGGCCUUACAAGGAACCACCUACAGGACAACCUGCCAUAUUGCCUCCUAUCGUAGUGGAGCCGCAAAGUGAGGUUGAGGAAGAGAAACGAGCAAUUCCUGCUAGUGAAACCGAACUUGCUGCAGCUAUUGAUUCCAUUACAGCAGAAGAAUGUGCAGAUGCGGAUGGGUUUACAGCUCCUCCUACUUACACUGCUAGUAUUCCCACCCCUGAAUCUUUAACAUCCCCCUCCUCUAACGAGAUUAUGGAUCCUGAAACACACAUGGUGAUAAACAGUAUUCUUGCAGCAGACUCAGAUGAUGGUCCUCUAACACCCAGCCCAAAGGAGCCAAUGACAGAUGUUAAGGCAGCUGAACACCUCCCUCUACUUGAAACACCCAAGAAAACAGUAAAAGUUAGAGCAAAAACCCCAAAGAAGACAAGAAAUCGUAAAGGUGCAGCUAACAAGAAAGGGGAUAUUGCUGAGGAAGUUUCACAACCAGAGCCCUCUCCAGUCAAGUUACCAGAGUCUAUCCCAGAAGACCCAGAAACCAUUAAUUCAAAAGCAGUUACUGUUACAGCAGGGGCAACAGUAGCAACGUCUGUGGUCACUGCUGUUGCAACUUGUAGGCGUGACGUUACAAGUUCUAUAACUGUUGACACGCCCAAAGAGGCAGAACAGCCUGAGGUUGAACAGCCUGUACCUAAGGAAUCUGCUUUCCAUUCAGGCACAAGCAAGAUCUCCGGUGGCAAAAAACAUCCUCAAGCAUCAGAGCCAUCCACACCUACUCUUGCCUCUGCUCGCCCACAGGUUGUAUCCCAGUUCAGCGUACCCCUAAUGCGGCCAGCCAAAAUGCCAUUUUUGCCUGACUGGCCUCAGAGAAAGGAAGAAAGUAGAAUCCAUGUUGCACCCUCAUGUCAAGUUACAGUGGUAACUCCCUCUGUACCAUUGCCGACUACGCUAAGUGGAACCCCUUCAACAAAUCCCCCAAUGCCCCCUGACACCAAGGCUUCAGAUAUUGACCCUAGUUCUAGUACCUUAAGAAAAAUUCUAAUGGAACCCAAAUAUGUAUCUGCAUCAAACAGUAACUCUAUACCUACCACGAUGGUGACAUCUACACUGUCUGAUCCUUUGCGUAUGUCAGAGAAUGAAAAUCGCCCGGAUGCAGUGGGUUCAAGACAAUUACAUCAUGAAGAGAGGCCGCCUUUCCCCAUCCAGCCCACACACCACAAACCAUCUCCUCUGACAGAGUCCCAGCAGAACUGUGGAGAGAAGACCCAGCAUACAGUUAUUUCUCCUGCUACAUCAGUAAUAAGUCGGAUUCCAAUGCCUUACGACACAGAGGAAACUCCACGAAUUUCACUAAGUAACAGAAGCAUUGGCUUAUCUAUUCCCAAGCAAAAAUUUAGGUCAAACUCCAAUGAGAAUAAUCGCUACCAUGGCAUGGAUAUAGUAGAAGAUGGGAGUAGAGGGCGCUCGGUUGUUGAGACUACUCCCUACAGUACAGGCUCCAGUGCUGGCCUAAGGGUCAAUACAUCAGAGGGUGUUGUUGUUCUGAGUUAUUCAGGUCAGAAAACUGAGGGGCCUCACAGGAUGAGAGCCAAAAUUAGUCAAAUCCCUCCAGCGAGUGCUGGUGACAUAGAGUUUCAGCAAUCUGUGUCCAAAUCUCAGAUAAAGCAAGAGCCACUCAUCACAUCGUCCCAGUCACCUAACCCGAAAGCACCUCCACCUCUUUCAGCGUAUGGGCACACAGGGGUCCUCUUGACUGGCCAAUCCUAUAAUUCUCAACCUGUAAUUUCCAGUACCAAACAGGAGAGUCAUGGCUGUGACAAAUCUGAUGCUCCAUAUCACACAGCAUCCCAUGGUGGUGUGGUGAAGAUGUACCAACAGCCAGUGAGUUCUCCUCAAGUAUUAAUGUACAGCCAAGCUGUGAUACAACAGCAGCAUGGCAAGAGAGCAGGGACAGAACCUCUCCCAAAAAAGAUGGACAUUGGCAAAGCGGUUCAGCAUUCUAACCUCAGUCCAGUAAUGAGUCCACACCACCCAUCGCUAUCUGGAACCCGCAUGAGCCCCAGCCCUGGCAUCCCAACUGAUCGGUCCGCUCUACACCUCAAGCAAGAACCCCAGUCUCCACGAACAGCUGUUCACUCAUCUUCACCCUUUGCCAAAGCCUGUGUUCCGGGUGGUUCUCCCAUUGGAACCUCAGUUGUGCUGGGUCAUGGGAUGCCACAAAUGUCUACAUAUCAUUCAAAUAUACAUCACACACACUCAGAACAUUCCUCUGUCAUAAUUCAACCUCACAGUGUCACACAGUCUAUGACUCAUGAAGCCAGGAUGAACACCCCACCAAUGUCUGGGAUAAACUAUGGAAGGCGUGGUGACGCCCUGUCUUCACCCCAUCAAGGGCCACCUCAGCGCUCAAACACAACACAGCCUAAUGUGAUCCGUGACAUGGUACUACAGUCUCAUUCAAGUCCCAAGGGGUCAGUGUCAGGUGGCGGCAGCAGCAGUGUAACUGAAGAAGACUCCAGACGCUUUAACCAAGCUCUAAGUAGACCAUCAGGGCCCCAGCUCCAGUCGGAUGUAAUGAUGAUUCACAGUGAUCGCAGAGGGCUGCACUCGAGUAUACGUAUGGACCAGUACAGAGACAUGCACCAGCGUAUCUUCAUGCACCAGCAGCGGGGAGAGCAGGCCGCUGUAGAUGCAAGACAGUCACGAACCUCAGAGACUGGUGCAUCUUUAAGCAACAUCUCUGUGCCUUCAAAGAGUCCUUUAGUGGGGAAGACCAUUGAACUUCCCGCAAAAGAAUGUCUCAAACCAACCGAAGGAAAGCUGAUACAUCCACUCUCCAAUGAAAGUAGAAUCCGGGGAGUUCAUACAUCCAGUCCUGUCAUGGUGUCUCCUCACCCUCAUGGGGUUCAGCUGAUGCCUCCCGGAGGUGCAGGCUCCUUUUCAGUCUAUCGGGACAUGCGAGGCUUCCCAUCUCAGUUCCCACGACAUCAGUCAUCAGGACACAACCUGGCCAAUCAAGGGAUUACAUCUUCACAGGUCUCUCCGGAACCUGACAUGGGUCACAGGGGGAAAAUAUCUCAGGCACAUGGGGGAGGAAGUGAUCCCAAGCCUGAGAGUCCUCAUUUUCGCCAUGCUACCUCUACAGACCUCUCCCAUAUUUCCAGAAUAUCAGGGGAUACGGUCUCACCCUCAUACCAGUCUCCCAUGAAUUCGCCCAUGAGUCUUACUCACAAGCCAGAUCUGUCUCUUCAAAAAGGCCCCCCAUCCUUCUUACCAACCCCUCAGCCAGCAGCACCCCCAUCAAGUAUACUGCAGUCACGGCCCGAUGCUAAGCUGGAACAUUCAGGACACCAAUCCAUCGACAUGGUGCAGCUUAUGACGAAAUAUCCUAUUGUAUGGCAAGGCCUGUUGGCACUGAAGAACGACCAGGCUGCUGUCCAGUUGCACUUUGUCUCUGGCAACACCAUCCUGGCCCAGCGCUCUUUGCCGCCCCCAGAGGGAGGGUCUCUUCUCAGAAUUGUCCAGAGAAUGAGGCUUGAGGCUUCCCAGUUGGACAGUGUGGCACGCCGGAUGACUGUGGAGGAUGACUAUUGUUUGUUACUGGCUCUACCCUGUGGUCGAGACCAAGAAGACGUCCACGGUCAAACUCAAGCUUUGAAAAGUGGCUUCAUCACCUACCUGCAAGCCAAACAAGCAGCUGGAAUCAUCAAUGUGCCAAACCCUGGCUCUAAUCAGCCAGCUUAUGUGGUGCAGAUUUUCCCGCCGUGUGAAUUCUCUGAGGUCCACCUCUCUCACCUGGCACCAGAUCUUCUCAACAGCAUCUCCAGCAUUUCCCCUCACCUCAUGAUUGUCAUUGCCUCCGUUUGAUUACCUCCAGUUUUUUUCCUGAACAAAGCCAACACCAGCCCUUUUGGAUUCAUCCAGUUUUGUGAAACUGGAAUUGCCUCAUACUUUUAUGAGUUUGAGUUAUAAAAAACAUCCAAUUUAGCAUGCACUCAACUUUUCUCCUUCACUUCACCGAGUCCUUAAAUCGCCCAGUGACGUUGAAUUCCAAAAACUAUACCUUGAGGAUAUGAAGGGUCAAAUGGGGAUUUUCGACUUUCAUUUUUGAUUACUCAUUUCAUUUUUGACUUUUUGGAGGUGUUGUGCAUAGCCUUUUCUAAUUCACGGCAUUCAUAGAGCUAUGGCUUGAGACCUUCCUAUGGGAUAUUUUUUACCUUCAUAAAAGUGAUUGUUUUUUUUUAAAGACUAUGUGAGAAGUCAUUGCACUAUGUUAGGGACAAAAAUUGGGAACUGUACAGAUUUGAGUUUAAUAUGAUACAUGUUAUGGAAGUACUCUUGUAGUCAGCCAUGCUAGCGCAAGAUAAAAGAGAAAUCAUUGCCUGGAAAAUGAUCAGGAUCUUUUGGGCCUGAUCAGUCAUACUGCGUUUGCUCCUUCACCAUCAGCCAACUUCUACUUCAUUUCCGGACUCGACUCUCCAUCAUGACGUGUUCCCUCCCCCAGGAACUCAUGAGGGGAUGUUUAGAGUUGUACAGUUUACACUCAAUGCCUCAACAGGGGACUAUAAAAAGAAUAUUUAAUUUGUUUAUUUUUGUUUGCAUUUUCUUUACGCCUAAGGGUAUUGUGGACAAUUGUGAAACUGUAAAUAUUAUAAAUAUUUAAAGACUGAAGCAAUGUCGAGAGACCAAGUGAAAUAUUUUACAAAACAGAUCAUCAAAUCUUAAUGUUUUCUUUCUGUGUUUCUUUAUUGAUUUUUUCUUGAUUCUUUCUUUCUUUCUUUCUUUCUUUCUUUCUCUCGCUCUCUGUCAAGGGCAUGGAGGGGACUGGUGGAAGGGAUCUAUUUAGGAUCCAGGAGUGAUAUUCGCAAAAAAAAAAAAAAAAUUACUUAUGUGCCAAAAUAUCUUUUGCAAUCGCUCAAAACACAAUGUAUCUAAAACUAAAUUUGUUCAGAACCUAUUUUCAUAUGUGACUUUGUAUUUUGCCACUCAGAGGGCAGACUUGAUUCCUUUUUUUGGUAUUGUUCAUCAACCUGACUCUGUUACGGCAGCGCUUUUACAUUUUUGAAAUUGUAUCCUCAUUUUGAAGGAACCAUUGCAUUGUCUGGGGUUGCUUUUUCUGUUUAAAUUCCUGUUUUCCUUCUCUGUGAAAUGGUCCUCUACUGCCCCCUGCUGUCUGGAAAUCAUUCUCUGCACCCUGAGGUAAUUUACGCCGUGACUUCAUAGCAGAUGUUCUAUAGAGCAUGCUUUAUUUUCAAAUCAUGGUGAAAUCAUAAAGGCAAAGAAUGUGACUUGAACUUGACAUCAUGCCGCUAUUGGAUGUUUUGAUGAUCUGCCUCCAUCCCUUUCCUGAACUGUCUCCUUGAGCCGAGCUGUAAAUACUAACGUCCUUAAUAUGUGCUCUUGUGUAUUUUCCCCGUUAUAAUUGUCUUUCUUCAGGGUCCUUAUUUUUGUUUUGUGCAACAAAACAAAGCAGUCUGAAAGAGACGGGAGAUGAGGUGUGUGAAACCGAUGCUGAAAGUAAAACCGUGCUUGUCAGUUUUUUGUGGUGUAAAUAUUUCUAUGACUGCAAGCUGAAUACUCUCAUUGUUAUGUUGAAGGCACUUAUAAUUUUUGAUAAACAAAUGAAAAGAAAAAUACAAAAAAAAAACUUAAAACGGUGAUUAAUAUGAAAACUGUCUUUUGAUCAAUCUUCAUUUUGAGUGUAUUUUGCUGUUCCUCCAUGAGGACAUUUUAAACUGUAAAAUAAAUUGUUGUUUAACUUACUUCUGAAGAUCAUUAAAUGGUCAGUCACUCUG